AUGCCUGCUCGUCGCCAAUCCCUCUCUGGCCCCAUGCCAAUGGAACACACCGACGACGCCAACUCGCGGCGACCUUCUACGUCCACACGACCCAACGCCGAUGCUACUCACCACAACAGAGUCGCAGUCGCACGCACUCGAAUCGACCAAGUCACACAUCACAUCUCUCCCCGGCUCCCCUCCACGCUAGCAAAAGACAUGUCGACGCAAAGCUUCAAGCAGGCCCCGCACAAGCUGCUAGUCAUCCCGGGACCCAUCGAGGUCGCCGAUGACGUGCUCUUCGCCAACGCGCACCCGGCCAUGUCGCACGUCUCGCCCGACUUCAUUCCCGUGUUCGGCGACUGCAUCCGCAUGCUCCGCGAGGUGCUCUUUGCGCCCAACGCUCAGCCGGUCCUCACCGCCGGCUCCGGCACACUCGGCUGGGACCACGUCGCCGCCAACGUGCUGCAGCCUGGCGAGGAUGCGCUCGUUCUCAACUCGGGCUACUUUGGCGACAGCUUCGCCGACUGCCUCGAGACGUACGGCGCCAAGGUGGACCAGAUCAAGGCACCCAUCGGCUCCAAGCCCUCGCUUGACGAGGUCGAGGCCGCGCUCACCAAGAAGAAGUACAAGGUGCUCACCUUCACCCACGUCGACACCUCGACCGGCGUGCUGAGCGAUGCCAAGGGCCUCGGCGAGCUCGUCAAGCGCGUCAGCCCCGAGACCAUCCUCGUUCUCGACGGCGUUUGCAGUGUGGGCAGCGAGGAGAUCCGCAUGGACGAGUGGGGCAUCGACGUCGUGCUCACCGCCACGCAGAAGGGUCUCGGCUGCCCGCCUGGCCUCAUGGUUCUUGCUGCCAGCAAGAAGGCCAUCGCUGCGUUUGAGAAGCGCACGGUGCCGCCCAACAGCUACUUUGCCUCGUGGUCCAGGUGGCUUCCCGUCAUGAAGGCGUACGAGGCCGGCACCGGCGCGUACUUUGCCACGCCUCCUACCAACCUCAUCUACGCCCUGCACGCGUCGCUCACCACCAUCACCAAGGGCUCGCCCUCGCUCGAGGAGCGCUUCCAGCAGCACGUCGCUACUUCGGACCGCGUCAAGGACUUUGUCUCGCAGCUCGGCCUGCAGCAGCUCGCUGCCGAUGGCAAGAAGGACGGCGCACACGGCAUGACGGCGGUGCGAUACCCGCAGGGCGUCAAGGCCACCGACUUGCUGCCCAAGCUUGUCGCCAAGAACAUUGUCGUCGCUGCUGGUCUGCACAAGCAGGUCAAGGACGAGUACUUCCGCAUCGGCCACAUGGGUGUCACCGUCGUCGACAAGCAGCGCGGCGACAUUGACUACCUGCUCAACAGCAUCAAGGAGGUGCUUGCCGAGGCUGGAUACAAGCCCUGA